GCCAAGUUGUCCGCCAUAUUUUGUAAACGUGUUUGUCUUGCGGAAAUUUCUCAGAUUCUUUUUAAAUUUGUAUUUCGUCUAUUCGCUGACCCAUUUGUCAGUUAAGGUAGGUGCAAUGAUUACUUUCUUUUGUCUCUCAUUACGAAAAAUUAAUUGCAGUUCUGCCGGUUUAAGCCCUAUUUCAUAAACAUGACCAGCCGAAGUAAGCUUUCUUUCACAGCUACGGAGAAAUUUUCCUUUGCAAUUGUUUGGCUCCUCUCAAUGUUUUUCUAUUGUUUUGAUGUUAUCAGCCCGUUUAGAUUAAAAGGUUUAGCUGCCAAAAUUUGUUUUUGAUAACUCUUGUGUGUAUCUAAUUCAGUUUGGAGAUUUAUAAAUUAAUUAGUGUAAGCUUAUAUAUUUCUUUCACUACUUUUUCUCUUCAUGUGCAGUUUAGGCGCUCCUCAUUCAUUCAACAACAUUGUUUUCUUCAGUUUACGUAAAGUUAAGGAAAGAUUAAUUAAUUCUAUAUAAACUUUUGUUUUUCAAAUAAUAUCGAGUUUCGUGAAACGUUUUGAUAAUACGAGGCCAGCAUUCUAGGCCGCUGAGCGAGGUUUUUCCAAGUGAAACAAAAAUUUGUUUUCAGUGUUGUUUUGAUUUUGUUUUGAACUUUGCCACAUAGAUGUAAGCUUACUUUAUGUUUCUGUAAAUUUGCUUGUCUUGGCUAUACUGUUAGUAUACUUACAGUCAUCAUAAAUACCCCUUCUCAGCAUGACACAGGUUAUGACAAUUCAACCAACAACGCAGUCCCCCACGAGGGAGUGGAAUUCUGGCUUGUUUGCCUGUUUCAAUGAUAUUCAAAGCUGUAAGUUAGCCUUGUUUUUAUACAAACAGUCUUGCUAUCUGUCCAUUUAUAAUUGGUAAUGUUGACUGACAAAUGCACUGGCUAAAGCUUAAAGACUGUAUAUAGGCGGAUUCAUGAUGACGUCAUUUGCUUACAUUUUUUCUCAUUAGCAUACGAGUUAACCCAUAAAAGAUGUAGCCGUAUAUACUGAUUAGGUUCAAAACUUAAAAGACCUGGUUAGUUUAUGCAGUUUGUGCAACUUUCAGCUCUUUGCAAUCAGUAACAAAGAAAAUAGCAGCAAUUAAAUUACUGGAUGGCAAAACGUUAAUGAGCUCAUACAUCUUUAUAAAUUUUGAGGUUUUUCAAAGAGAAUUUCUCCGAAAUUAUUAGGUAUAUCCGGCUCAAAUUUCAGAGAUAACUGAAACUGCUAUGCCCUUUCAAUAUUCAGAGAUUUCAAUUUAUUAGCUUCAUCAGAUAACGAUAAGCCUAUGCUAAUGAGGCAAAAAAAUGUAAACAAUGAUUCCCUUGUAGGUACAGUCAAGAUGUAAGAUGGACACCUUCGGGACCGGCCCCGACUGCCCGUUUUAGAGUAGUUGGUUGACUGUACCGUUGAUUUGACAUGUAAGAAUCUUAACUGCUAAAAAUUGUAUAGGAUAAAGACUAGUAAAACAAGGGAUUCCACUUUAUUAAUGGCCCAGAAAUCUGUCCUCAAUUGUUCAUUCUUCUAAUAUCUUCGGAUGGUUUUGCAAAUUUGCUUUAACAUAUUUAAUCUUUUUGUAGUUUCUUCAUGCAAUGUUAAGUGAGUUUUUUAAAAUUAAAUUUGUUGUAUGUAUUGUUUUUUCUUUCUAUCCUCGGCAAGGUCUGUGUGGUUUGUUUUGUCCAAUGUGUUUGUUAUGCGACAUCUCCGGUCGAAUGGGGGAAGGAUGUGCUUAUGCAAGCUGCUGCUAUGAAGUUGCACCAUUAACACUCAGGGCCAAACUUAGAGCUGAACAGAGAAUUCAGGUCAGAAAUAGCUUUGCAGCUACCUGUACUCCAGUGAUCCAGGAUUAGGGUUGGGGAAGGGGGGGGGGGGGGGGCAAACCUUUUUUUAGGAAAGGGAGGGUUUUAAAAAGGGGGGGGGCCGGGGGUGUUUUCAACUUUUUGGUUUAAAAGGGUGGGGCCCCCCCUUUCCUGAAAUGUGUUUAUCCACGACCCUCAAAAAACAACCCCCAAAAAACAUUUCCCCCCCCCCUGGGGGGGGGGGGCGCAACACUUUAUCUAGGAAAGGUACGUUUUUAAUAAGGAGGUGGGCCGGAGUGUUUUCGAACUUUUUGGCUUAAAAGGUCGUGGCCCUCCAUUUCCUGAAAUGGUUUGAUCCACGACCCUUCACAAACAACCGCUCAAAAUCAUUUCACCCUCCCCCACCUAUUCAACACAAGAAGAAGCGGAAGUGAAAAUAACUAACCGGAAAAACUAGACUGUCCUCCGGGACAAAACAAACAGCUGAAAUAAAGUGGCCGUUGUAGAGAGGUGGAAUUUGCUGGAGGUUCGACUGAACAAUCGAAAGAGUUUUGUUCACGGGCGUAGGUAUUUCCCAAAGCUAGCUAGAAAAAUUUGAGAGCUUCUAUUGAGAUGAUGUGAUAGAUCGAGUUGAUCAAGUUGUCGCCGUAGCUUUAGCAAAUCAUCACCGGAGACUAAUUUUAUACCAGAACCCUGAGCAAAAACAUUACCAUGGUAAAAAUAUGGACGAAAGCGGUCAGAGGUUGAGAGAGACGAUUAUGUUAGUUGGAAGAAGAUAGUAGUAUUUUAAUUGCAUUUUUGAUGUCAGCAAAUAAUUUGGAUUCAUCUUGACUGGUAGCUCUGCUUGUACGUACAAGUUUUAAUUUUCGAAAGACUUUUGAAUGUUUACUAACAAAUAAAACUAGAGUUGACUUUAAAAAGCGCGACUUGUAGUAUUUUUUCCCUUGCCGAAAAAAGUGUGAUGCUCCCGUGGUUGCGAACAAAACAGGUUUGGCCCUCCCCAAUUUAAAAACAUUUCGUUUCACUGGCAACCCUCCCUUCCAAAGCUCCGGCCCUCCCCCACCCCCCGUCCCCCAAUCAAAAACGUACCUUCCCCUAAAACCAGUAAAUUCAAUCUAAAGCUUCACGCAAACGGACACAACAUUGUUGGAUGUUACAUUUUGUGUCCCUUUGCACACCCUGUUGCAUGUUUUUGGAUGUUCUUGAGCAAAGUUUGAAACCGCACACUUUUAGCCCCGAGCAAACGGACGCAAAAUUGUUGGGACGUUUGCACGUACAGUAGCUUAAAGAUUGGAGUUACAGUUUUGAAUUUAAAACUACUGUUUGUCAGCUUGAACAAUUAUCUGUUCUCUUUUCUCCAAAGAGAUUUUUUUUCAAGUGUGCUGUUAAAUAAUAUUAAAGUCAAUACUAAGAGGCAAAGAUCCUCAUUUUUUAUGUCGGUAACUUGUAACAUGUACUCAUUAGCUGGCAUGACAACGUUUAGAACGAUGUUGGCUCAUUUUAUCGCUGUCUUUCUACCGGUACUCCAUUUUACGGGUGUUUAAAGCCAUAUAAGGCUACACGGAAAGGAAAGAAGUCUAAACGCAGGAUUUGAGUGCAGAAACCACACCUGGCAUGGAAUAGAACUCGGAACCGCCCCCACAGAAGGCCGCGCUCUAUUCGACCUAAUCCUUCUUCCUGAAAUACUUUUAAGUAAAAUUUUAAAAAAUUAUCAAAAAGUGUCCCUUUUGUCGGAGAAUAGCAUGUUUGGCAAAUGCCAUAGAGAUCACUGUAGUAAUUGUGGUAUUCAAGUCUUACCUUUUAUCAAGAGAGAAUGAUCUCUCUUGCUUUUAUCUUUUAUUCCAGCUUGGGAAGCUUUUUACUCUUUAUUAUGAAAGAAACAAUAGCAGUAGCUGUUUGAGAAGACGGUUGUUAAAGACAGUUUUUAAAGAAACUAUGACUUAAUUUUCAGGGCUCCCUGUGCAAUGACGCUGUUGUUGUUACAUUCUGUGGUACCUGCGUUUUGUGUCAGAUGGACCGUGAACUCAAAGCCAUCGGAAAAUGAUCUGCAGUUUCAAGAAAAACAGUUCCUGUUUUUAUCGUUGUUACAAUCUGUUGGAGAAAUCCGCGUCCUUUUUGCGGCUUUACGAUUGAACAUAAACUUAAGAUUUGGAGACUCUUAAAAGUGUCAUGGUUUCUUCAAGUUUGGAAUAAAAUUCCCGUUCAGCCCAUAAGUGACGUCGAUACUGUGUGUGCUUUGGUUGGAUUAUUUUGUAAGCGAGUUAAUAUUCACUCAUUAUGGUUCGGCGCUAUAGCAUAGUGAGAUUAAUUACGACGAUUGGUAACCCUCUAUGUUUUUAUUAUUAUUCCAUUUUAUGGUUUCUUCCAGUUUUUGCUGAGAAAUUUGACUAACAAGAACUUUAUGUCUGUUCAGUUCCAGAUGAAUAUUAAGAAUGUUCAGAGUCUAAUAAUUAAUUCUAAAAAAUGCUUAAACAGCAUGUUGACUUUACUCUGACAAGGUAAUGAGUUGGCAAACCGAGCGGUACAGUUCUUAGAAACAAGGUUUAAAACAGGG